CUUCACUCUCAUGUCGUCGAUUCGGAAAAAGCGGAACUUCAGGGGCCUGCAGCUCCCAACGGCUACUCUCGACUGUCACGCGCACGAUGAGCCAGUCCCCGCGCGCGCUGCUCCCGCCGGACCCCGCAGGGGAUCGCAACUUCCUUUUGGCCAGGGACCUCUGCAAGGCCAGGAUCCACACGGGGGCGCGUCGACGCAGGACGCGAAGGCGACCCUCACAAGCCGUCUGGAAACGCUGGCGAAGGAUUCCAAUCCCGGGUUCGAUGUCAAGAACGACGAGUUCACGACCCUGCAAGAACUGGGAUCAGGGAAUGGCGGCAGCGUGCUGAAAGUGCAGCAUGUCAAAACGGGGACGGUCAUGGCUAAGAAGGUCGUUUUGAUUGACGCGAAGCCGGCAGAGAGGAAGAAGAUCCUGCUCGAGCUGCAAAUCAUGCACGACUGCGACUCGCCCUACAUUGUGUCUUCGUACGGCGCCUAUCUUGCAGAGCCCAAUAUCUGCAUCUGUAUGGAAUUCAUGGACAAGGGCUCUUUCGACGGAAUAUACAAGUCGAUUGGGGCGAUUGACGUGAACGUCGUGGGGAAGGUUGCUGUGUCCGUAUUGGAGGGGCUGAGGUACCUGUACGAUGUACACCGGAUUAUUCACCGCGAUAUCAAACCCUCGAACAUUUUGUGCAACUCGCAAGGAGACAUCAAGCUCUGUGACUUUGGUGUUUCCGGGGAACUGAUCAAUUCGAUUGCGAACACCUUUGUUGGCACGUCGAUUUACAUGAGCCCGGAACGCAUCCAAGGCGCGGUAUAUUCUGUGAAGUCAGAUAUCUGGUCUCUCGGUAUCACCCUGCUCGAGCUCAUUGUGGGACAAUUCCCUUUCUCGGGUUCGUUUUCGGACACGGAGGAUGACGACAUGGACAUCGAUCGGCCUGAACCUCCUCCUCCGCCCGAAUCAAAUCACCGCGACUCACUCCAAAUUCCCAUGAGCGCAAGUCGGAGAAGGAGGAGGAGCAAAGGUGUAUCCUUGCAUGGAGGGGGCAUGAUGUUGAGCAUCAUCGAACUCAUGCACCAGAUUGUCAACGAGCCCUCGCCAACAUUGCCACGUGGGAAGUAUGGCUCCGCAGCGGAGGACUUCAUCGAUGCAUGCCUAGAAAAAGACAUCGAAAGUCGCAAAACACCCGCUCAACUCUUUCGCGCAACACUGGCGCCCAACAACCGCGCAGCUGCCAGCGGCACUGCAUUCUCCUUCUUCUCUCUCCCCUUCUCACAUGCGAAAGAAUGCGACGCAUGGCACCCAGGUCUUCUCCGACCAGGAGACCAUGGAUAUGAGGCGGGUGCGAGGAAUAGUAUGCCGCUCUUCUUGAACGCUUUGGCGCUGGUGGUUGAUGGUUUCGACGCCAAACGUAUCAGGUGCUCAGGUGAUCCAGGGGACUCUGGCCCAAUAGGACGCGGGAGACGGCACAGAAUCAUCCACUCUGCCUCGUCCGAUCUUAAUUUCCACCUCGAUGCCAUGCGAGAGCGAAUACGGGAACUCGAAGAAGCUAUCGCGGCGUGUAUCAAGGAUUAUAGAGACACGACCGACAGUGUAGGUUCCGCGCUGAACCCUUUGCUGCGGAAAGAUGUGUCGCUCGACCAGCAAGCAGACGCCAAGUCAAUAUCACCGCCGAAAAGCGAUACAGCGGAGCUGGCUGACAGUUUUGGUGCCAUGGCAUUAAGCGAUGCGGGAACACAUCGGUACUUUGGACCCACAGCAGGCACCGCAGCUCUGCUUUCGGCUCAGGGAACUGCUGGUGGUGACCGCGGCGAGUACACCUACUCGUUUGCAGAGGUUCUGAAUGCAUUUCCCCUCACAAAUCUGCCGGUUCCAACCUGGAACAAAACGGCUUCGAAGGGGAUCCUACUUGCGCAACUGCCCGAUGAACCUCGUGCGUGGGCACUCUUCGACAUCUACUGCGCGGCCGCGUCGUGGUAUGGCCAGCCGAUAAUGCCUGACGAAUUGCGAGAGCUGGUGACUAUGGUCUACUCACCAGACACGAAUUUCCACGAGCUCUCCCCACACGCUUUGGCCAUAGUUUUCCUUGCGUUUGCCUCUGCCACACUAGCAGAUUUGGCGCUGCCAGCGUAUAGCGUUCAGGCGGACGCGUAUUUCGAUCUUGGCCGGGCAGCAAUGACACUCCUCGAUGUUUCUGUGUCGAGAGAGUUGUAUACCAUUCAAGCAUUGCUCAUGGUUGGCUUGUAUUACGGGACGGGAAGCCCCAGGUAUAGUUUAGAUGCGUCUGUCACAGCCGUAUCUAUGGCCGCAUGUUUAGCUCAGGCGGUCACAGCGCCCUUGGCGCUUGCUUUCACUCGGACAGUCGCGCCCAGCUACGAUGAGAUUCUCGAACUUGACAAACGACUAAGGCAUUUUAUCGAGAAGGCGCCCUUUCCCCACUACGAGAUGAGCGGCGGUUCGGCCUCCUACCUCGGGUACAUUCGGGCGCAUAUGAUCCCUCGAUUGUCCCAUAACUUAAUCAUUUACAUACAUCGGUCGUCAUUCGUCAAGGCAAUCAAGCACAACCCUACUAAUCCCCUCGAUUCUCCGUAUGCAGCGUCCUUUUUAGCAGCCUAUCGUGGCGCAAAUUCGAUGAUUAAGGCGGAUAUGCGGUUCUUGGAGGCAUAUCCAGAAUACAUCCACCGGUGGUGGCCCUUCUGGAAAGCCGUGACAAACUCGGCUUUUAUCCUCGCUUCCGUCGCUGCCAAGUGUCCGAAGCACCUGUUGGCUCCCGUAGCACUCGCAGAUCUCCUGACCACCGUCGAGUUGAUAGAACGGGCCUCAAAGCACUGUGUCGUAGUUACUGGAGCUUUAACCGUCCUUCAUCGUCUCCGAAAUAAAGCAGCGGUUGCAUUUGCCGCCGCUAAUGAUAUCCCGGUGCCUGUUCUGGCUGACGUCGACCUGAAUGAUCUCGCGGACGACACUGACUUUGAGCUGAUCGGGGGUUCUCGGACCAUGGUCGAUAGCGCGACUCUCCCGAAACGCCAAAUUCAAUCUACCGCGGACUUGUCGCGUGCUUCCAGCCCGACUGAGGCGCAGAUGAUAUGGGAACCGCCGAUAUCCCCAGUGACACAGCAGCGGCUGUGGGACUGGGAAUGGGAGCAGGCUCUUUCGGGAACGAUAGUGGAUCCUCUUCGGGUCGAUGGGCAUCUGGCCUCGGGAUUGUAUCCGGACUCGACGCUAGGGGCGGCGGAAACCGCGCAAGAAGUCAAGCUGGGUUACGCGUGGGAGAACCUGGAUGCAUACAUGAUUGCGCUCACACGGCAGUAGCUCCAGGCGUUGGCUAGAUAAGCCCCGAUCAUCGACGGUAGCUGCAUCUUGCAUGCAUCAUGUCCGUUCAAAUGGCCACCACCAGAAAUCACCCCGGUUUUCAUGAAAUACCGUGAUACUAGUCUGACAUGUCCA